AUGGGCAGUACUGAAGUCUCUGCCCACCUACAAACGAUCCGGAGCAGGUUUGCCGAAAUACAAGCUUACAACCCACUAGAAGACAAGUUUCCGCCGAAUCUACCCGCAGUGGAUGGGCCAAUGAUUGCAAAACUCAUCACGUCUUCCAUCUCAUAUUACGUGAGGUCAAGCGGCAGCCUCAUCAAGAAGAACUUGGCGUUGCACCCCAAGACCUUGCAAAUCAUCUGUAUUAUUGACUGGGAGAUGACCGGUUCUUUCCCAGUCGAUUGGGAGCUUCCCUUCUGGACCGUCAAUGGCCCUGAGGAAAGGUUCAAAUUAGCUCAGGCGGCAAAACGAAAGAAGAACAAUAUCUUCUAG